ACAUUACAGUUUUACCGCACAUUUGACUAUCAGACGCCUAUCUACUAAAUUUCAUCCCUCUAAAAUUCCCAGCAAAUCUCAGUCUCCAAUUCCAGCCAUGCCGUCGUCGUCUUCGCCUUCCCUCCUCUCCUCCCCGCUCCCCUCCCCCGCCACCCUCUUCUCCAAGAAGCCGCCGUCCGUGCGCGCCGUCUCCGCCGCGAGGCGCGGGUUCCGGGUGGUGGUGGCCGCGUCGUCUGUUGCGGCCGCCGCCGCCGCCGCCGCACCGGUGUGCGCGGCGCGGGCGCGGCCGUCGGCGGCGGAGGUGGCGCGGACGGUCGUGGAGCUCGCGCCGUCCGGGACGCUCUCCGUGGUGGGCCCCGACGGCUGGCCUCUGGGCGUCGGCGCGCGAUUCGUCGCGGACGCCACCGGCGCGCCCGCGCUCUGCCUGGCCGCCGCGGGGGUCACCGCGCUCGAAGCGCGGUCCAGCUUCCACGUCGAGUUUCGGCAGAGUGGGGCUAGGACACCACAAUGUACUAUGCUUGGCGCCUUGACUAAGCCUAGCGAUGAGUCUGUGUUGAAGAAGCUUUCCAUUAGGUGGCAAAAGAAAUUUGGGGAAGAGAUCGAUCAAGAUCUUUUGUAUUUAAUAUCUGUUGAGCGGAUCUUGCACAUGGAAGAUUUCAAUGAGGAUGGCAUGUGGGUAGUUCCAUCAGAGUACACCAGUGCAGAACCUGAUCCUCUGCGUAAUUUUGCUGAAAACAUUGUGGAGAAAAUGAACAGCAAACAUGCCGAAGACAUCCAUAGGAUGUACAGCAUAUAUGUUGAAUCAGAUUUCCAGGCGGCAGAUGUGAAGAUGAUAUGGGUUGACAGGCUAGGUUUCGACUUGCAUGUUCAUUCUGGGAAAGGUGUCUUUGCUGUUCGGAUCCCUUUCUCAAGGGAGGUCUCUGACGAGAAGGGGGUGAAAUCGUUGUUCAACAUGAUGUCUCAUCAUGUGUGGGAGGUAGAGAAGAGCUAUGCUAGCCCAGAGUUUGAGAAGGUACAUUUCUUGAAAAAGGUCAGAUAGACAGUGUGACUUCUAUAUCCAUGGUCAAAUCACUUUUUUGUCAUUCAGAUGAGUAUAGUGCGAGAUUCUGUUCCUCUUAACAUGUAUCAUGUGUUUUGUGUGUUUCAUUAUCAUUUGGUCUAUCACAUGUAUUGGAUGCAAUUGACAUCAUGAACUAUGUAUUAGUCAUUUAUUUGAGAAGAGCAAUGAGUUUUGACCGUAA